UCCAUCACCGCCGCCAAGGAGGUGGCUGCAGGAGGAAGGCAGAUCAGCAGCAUCAGCAGGAGGAGGAGAAGCGCCUCUCGGCUCUGGCGACGCGUGCCCCCCGCGCGCGCACCCGCGUGCCCGAGCCUACCUGCUUGCGGGGAACCGAGGCCGCCCAAGGAGCCGGGAUGCGGCUUCUCCAGGCCCGGCGGCGCGGGAGGGAGCGGAGAUGCCCCUAGCGCUGCAGACAAAAGAGCCGAGGAAGAAGGCGAGGAGGAGGAAAAGGAGGAGGCGGAGGAGAAGGAGGAGGAGAAGCGGCCCUGGCUGCGGCGGAGGGUCCAACCCCGGGAGGAAGGAGGAAAGGCGCAGCUUGGCUUCGGCUUCCCGCUAUAUGCGGAUCCGACGCCCUCCUUUUUCUCCUGAGGUCCCUCUCUGCCUUCUGCACCCCCCAUCAAAGCCGCUUUCCCUUACCCAUCUCCCUAGCUGAGGCCUCUCUCCAUCCCUGGGAGGCACACCUGUAAACACAUCACCCGCUCCCCUCUAACCCUUCUCCCUUGCUCCCCACCCCCGCUCUGCUUCUUGCCCCCCCCCCAUGCCCCCUUUGUGCCCAAAUGGGGGUCCCAGGUGUCCUGCCCCUCUCUGCCCCUCCUUUACGCCCCUCUUCUUUUUCCCCAUCUCCCCAUGUAAGUAAGAGGCACAGGUAAUCUCCUCCCCCCCUUCCCCAAUAGCCUUGGUCACAUCUGCCGCCUCCGGGGGACGUCCAUGAUGUUCAAGUACCGGAUCCGCAUGUUCUUCAACGAGCUGAAGCUGCUGGUGUUGAUGCGUCGGGGCCGCCCGGAGCCCGAGCCCGGAGCAGGGGCCAGCCAAGGAUGCGGGUGGCCCCCCUUUGCCGACUGCUCAUCCCAGCAGGACGAUGAGGCCGAGUAUUAUGGAGGGGUUGGAGGGGCCGGGGCUGAUGCUCGGCCCCGGAGCCUGGCCCUGGAGGAGAAGGACCCCCGGCCUCAGCCCCUCGGGCAACAGACCGGGCAGCAGGCGGCCACGGCCGGGACAGGAGGAGCCUUGGACUCGGUGUCGCUCAGCAGCAGCUUGGAUAGUGGCAUGAGGACCCCGCAGUGCCGGAUUUGCUUCCAGGGACCCGAACAGGGGGAGUUGUUGAGCCCAUGUCGCUGUGCGGGGUCUGUCCGCUGCACCCACCAGCCCUGCUUGAUUCGAUGGAUCAGCGAGAGGGGUUCCUGGAGCUGUGAACUGUGCUAUUUCAAGUACCAGGUCUUAGCCAUCAGCACAAAGAACCCCUUGCAGUGGCAGGCCAUUUCCCUGACAGUGAUUGAAAAGGUGCAAAUCGCAGCCAUCAUCUUGGGUUCGCUGUUCCUCAUCGCCAGCAUCUCGUGGCUCAUCUGGUCGUCCCUCAGCCCCUCGGCCAAGUGGCAGCGGCAGGACCUCCUUUUCCAGAUCUGCUAUGGGAUGUAUGGUUUUAUGGACAUUGUGUGCAUAGGUCUGAUUAUCCACGAGGGCUCCUCGGUGUAUCGAAUAUUCAAGCGCUGGCAGGCGGUAAACCAGCAGUGGAAGGUGCUGAAUUACGACAAGGCCAAGGACCUGGGGGAGCCCCUUGGUGGGAGCACAAAGCCCGGCGGGCGGAAUUCACGGACGAACCCUUCCUCAGGGAGUGAGCGGACCUCCCAGCGGGGCCAGCGGGUUAGGACUAUUUUGAACCAUCACUGUGGCUACACGAUUCUGCACAUUCUCAGCCACCUGCGGCCAAACGAACAUCGCGGGGGCUCCGGCUCCAGUCGCGAGGUUGUCAUGAGGGUGACGACUGUAUAAUAACAGCCUACGGGGCCUUUGCCAAGUGGGAGAGGCCCCGCGGUGCCCAGGGAAGGAAGAAGCCCAUUUCUUCCCUUCUGCCUAGACUCCGUUUUGAGCCCCUACGGGGUUGGCCGCACGCUGUAUACUGUCCGACGCAGGAGGCCCCUGGAUCGGUGGUGUUGCCGCGGACCCCGCUGCCCGCCUCUUCCUCAUUGUGCGUGGGGAGUGCCUCAACUGGGUUGCACCUUCCUUCCCUCCCAUCAAUGUGAAUUAUUUUUCCCCUCUCCAUCCAGGCUUGUGGUGAAAGGAGAGAGACCCCUCCUCCCAGCUCGCCUUGUUAUGACUAGAUUCCUUGGAAGUGUAACGGGGUUUUAUUUAUUUGGGUUUUUUUAAAGCCCUUUCUUAGGGGUUUUUCUGGAUGUGUUGUGGUGCCAACUGGCCCAGAAAUUUGAAAACAUUUUUACCUCAUCUUUUGAUGGAAAUCCUGCCAGAUGACCCAUGCCUUUCCACCCAUCCCAUUGGUUUCUCUCUGCCCAGGAGACACCAACCAGAGAGGUUUUGAACUUUUACCCAUCCAAAAAAAAUAUGGUGCAAUAAACAUGUUUCUUAAAGCAAAAUGGCAUUUCGCAAUAA